AUGCUGUAUUGCAUUCUCUCUGUGGCUGUUGCGCUAUCUCCUUCUAUGGUGUACAUGUUGUGUAUGCGAUUUUUGCAGGGAUUGGCUGCUUCUGGAUCUAUGGCCGUUGGUGGCGCUUCGAUCGCUGAUAUGUUCGAACCAAAGGAUAGGGGUGGUGCAAUGGGCUUAAUGUUUCUUGGUGUCUUAAUUGCCCCUGCUGUAGCUCCAACUAUAGGAGGCGCGCUGUCAGACGCUAUUGGAUGGAGGUCCAUCUUUUAUGCUCAAGCUGUCUGUGGAAUACUGGCUUUCUUCGCAGUCUUAAUUGGUUUACCUGAAACUCACUUCCCAGGCCGGCCUGGUGUAAAAAAGACUGUAUUCAACCCGUUCGCAGCAAUUCUAACACUCCGAUACUUGGCGAUUUUUAUGCCGGCACUGUAUGCUGGGUUGGCAUUCUCCAUCUUUUAUCUAUACGUCACUGUCUUGCCCUCUACGUUUAGUCAAAAGUUUGGCUUUUCAUCGACACAAAAUGGUCUCGUUUUAAUCUCAGCUGCUAUAGGGAACGUGAUAGGAGCACUCGUCGGAGGACGAAUGUCCGACUGGUCGAGAAACCGUAUGGCAGCAAGGAAUGGUGGAAUCGCUCUCCCGGAGUAUCGACUGCCACCUGUCUGGGUGGGGGCGGCUUCCUUUAUAGUUGGUAUCAUCGGAUAUGGCUGGUCUCUGCAGUCCAACUUGCACUAUAUUGUACCGAUAAUCUUCCUAUUCUUCAAUGGCAUUGGUAUGAUGUGGAUCCUCACGAUUUCUUCGUCCUACACGGUCGAUGCCUACUUUUGGAUGGCAGGAGCUGUUUCUUCAGGCACAGCUUUCUUCCGGUUUUUGCUAGCUACGAUAACCCCGAACUUUGCUGUUCAAAUGGACCACGCUCUCGGAGAUGGUUGGACUUUUACUGUUUGUGCUAUUGUAUUUGCUGUCGCAACUCUCCAUCUGAUACCUCUGCAACUAUAUGGAGAGAAACUAAGGCCCAAGAGGCCUGAAAUGUAG